ACUGUUUGUUAAAAACGCGUUUUCUAAAUUUUAGUUGUAGUUGUUGACCGUAAGACUUAAAUUGAAUGACUGUUAUAACUUGGUGCCAGAAGAAGAUACGGCGUGCGUAUGCAGCGUGCAAACGCAUCAUAGAUUGCAGAGGCAGAAACGUCGAAAUAGAUCAUGACCAAGACAACGAUAAUCGUGUAGAUUUAACCGAAACAGCGAGAGAACGAAACCCAUCGGCUCAACUGCAGGCUAUUGGUACUUUGUCGCCACAGCGUCGCCGACCGGACAUCCAACCGAUAGGCAUGCAACGAUUCGCCGACCCAGAAAAAGUAGCGGCUGUGUUUAAGGCGUGCAAGGAGCUCCAGGUGCCGAUUGGCACUGACAAUGGCAGUGAUCCCGCGAAAGAGAUCUGCAAGAAUACAGCUCAAUCCAAAUUGAAUAAAAAUAAUAUCGAUAAUGCCGACUCGCAGCGACAAUAAUAUCGACAGAGCAUAGUAUAAAUUAUAAA